UUACAACAGAUUUCACAUGUAAAGUGAAACAAGAACAAGUUGGUGCAGCAGCACAUGGUGAACCGCAUGACUGCGAUCACGGUUGGUGCCUCCUGACUCACAGAACUCCUCAUUGGACCACGUGUACGGCCACGAUUUCGUAUGACACUACGAUCGUGCGGAGCACCUUCGCUUAACUUUCUCCGACACAGGCACAACAAAAUCGUCAAAAAUCCGCUCUCACCGCUUCUUCUUCAGAUCUCGCCGCAUUUCCUCGUCCGUACAAUCGCCGGCAAUUUUUUCCGGCAAUAUUUCGCCGGAAACUUCAUCCAUUCUCCGCCACCGCUGAUCGAGUAUCCCCUGAGGGUACGUGCGACUCACACACCUGGUUUGUGUUGCGAUCGUGAAUAUUGCGUUGCAAAGAGAGUAUGGCACACUGGGAUUUCUGUGAUGUCUUGAAGCGCUUCUUUUGAGUUCAGUGGGAAGUUUCACUGUACAUUUUAUUCGUUGUAGAAAAGCCAUUAUAGCUUUAAUUGUGUCAAUAAGGAGGAGUUUGCAUUGAAGAAGUGACAUGUCUUUCCCCAAUCAAGCAUUUUGGAUGGCAAAGGAUCCUGGAAGUUUGAAUGAUGGUGACAUGACAUGUGACGAAUCUUCUAGAAUUGAGUCCAAGAGAUCUCAUCAAUGGUUCAUGGAUGGUCCUGAAGUGGAUGUAUUUCCCAAUAAGAAACAGGCAGUAGUGUCCCCAAACAAUUUGCUGUCAGGAAUGCUUAACUCCAAUCUUUCUUCAUGGGGAAAUUCCUCAAGUUUCCAAUCCUUAACCGAUGAUUUCACUGCACAAUUGUUUGACCCAGAUACAGCUACUACCAAUCAUGGGGAUGCAAAUAUUUCAUCUCUUAGCAUGGACAAUAAGUCAGGUGGUGAGAGAAAGGAUAGCAUGAAUCCCUUCGGGAGUGGUUCAUCAUUUGGUUUAUCUAUGUCCUGUACAUUGGAUGAUCCUCGUUUAGCUUUCAAUUAUGAUGGAAUUAGAAAAAUUAAAGUUAAUGAAGUGAAGGAAUCUCAUAGUGUCAUGUCUGUCCCUGAAAAUAAUCCCUAUGAUAAGGGAGUCAGCAGCACCGUGUUAAAUCCUCAAGCAUACAGCGCUGAUGAUAAUUCCAUAUCAACGAAUCUUGCUUAUACCAAAGGGGAUGCUAAUAUAAUAUCAAUGGAUGACCCGUACAGCAGGACAGAUAACAAUUUAAUGUCAGUGGUUCAAUCUCAUAACAAGGGAGGGGAUGGCUUAUCUAUCCAUCAAACUUACAAAGAUAUUUGUAAUACAAUAUCAAUGGACCAAGGAUUUAGCAAGGUGGAUAGCAGCAUGACAUCUAUUGCUCAAGCUUAUAAGGCCGAUGACAAUUCUAUGUUAAGAGAUUACUUAUUCGACAAGGUUGAAAAUGGCACCAUAUCAGCGGGUCACCCAUAUGGCAUGGGAGGAAACAACAUGCCAUUUGUUUCACAUUCUUAUAAUAGCGGGGAGAGCACUAUCAUAUCCUUUGGUGGCUGUGAUGAUGAUGAUCCAACUCACUCUGGCCUAUUCAUUUCCAACUAUGACAUGUUGACGGGUCAAGCACUUCCACAGAAGUUGGAAGCUGUGAAUGAGAAAGAGUUUGUCAGAUCUAAUUCUAAUUUACUUCUAAAUACAGCUCAGACAUCUGCAUCUGAAACUGAAAGUGUUUCCAAGACAAAAGAAGAGAUAAAAAUGUCUAAGAAAGCUACUUCAAACAACUUCCCUUCAAAUGUCAGAAGUUUGCUAUCCACUGGCAUGCUUGAUGGUGUCUCUGUAAAGUAUAAGGCUUGGUCGCGGGAGAAGGAGCUUCGAGGAGUUAUAAACGGUGCUGGGUAUUUAUGCAGUUGCCAGUCUUGUAAUUUUUCCAAGGUUAUUAAUGCAUAUGAGUUUGAACGACAUGCUGGUUGCAAGACAAAACACCCCAAUAAUCAUAUUUACUUUGAGAGUGGGAAAACUAUAUAUGGUGUUGUACAAGAGCUCCGGAGCACUCCACAGAAUAUGUUAUUUGAUGUUCUUCAGACAGUAACUGGUUCAGCAAUCAAUCAGAAGUCCUUCCGCAUUUGGAAAGAAUCCUUUUUGGCUGCGGCUCGGGAACUCCAGCGCAUUUGUGGAAAAGGUGAAGUGAAGUAGCUGUUAUAAAGGAGCAAUUUUGUGUUGUAAGAUAGAACCCUCCUUGUUGGGUUCGUAGGCUUUAUGUUUCAAUACAUAUUUUCUGGCUGAUGGCAAAGCUAACUUAAGUUUUGAAUAUUUUUUUCCCCAUUUGAGUGGAAAUCAUCAAUGGGGAAAAUAGAAUGCAAAUCUGCAA